UUUCGUUAAUUCGCCUACCGGAAGUACAACUGCUCUGAAGCGGAUGUAGGCUUUUUAAGAUGGAGGUGGAAGUCAUGGAGAAUAUGGAUGUGGUGGAGAGUAAAGGAGGAUCCGGUCUGAGACAGUACUACUUGUCCAAGAUAGAAGAGUUGCAGCUGACGGUGAACGACAAGAGCCAGAACCUCAGACGUCUGCAGGCACAGAGGAAUGAACUUAAUGCCAAAGUGCGUCUCCUUCGUGAGGAGCUGCAGUUGCUCCAGGAGCAGGGCUCCUAUGUGGGAGAAGUGGUCCGGGUGAUGGACAAAAAGAAAGUGCUGGUUAAGGUGCAUCCAGAAGGAAAGUUUGUGGUGGAUGUGGACAAGAACAUAGAUAUUAAUGAUGUGACUCCAAACUGCCGCGUUGCUUUGCGUAACGACAGCUACACCCUGCACAAGAUCCUACCCAACAAGGUAGAUCCUCUGGUGUCCCUCAUGAUGGUGGAGAAGGUACCAGACUCCACCUAUGAAAUGAUUGGUGGCCUAGAUAAGCAGAUCAAGGAGAUCAAGGAAGUGAUCGAGCUUCCAGUCAAACACCCAGAGCUGUUUGAGGCUUUGGGCAUUGCACAGCCGAAGGGGGUGCUGCUGUACGGGCCUCCAGGAACAGGGAAGACCCUGCUGGCCCGAGCUGUGGCCCACCACACAGACUGCACCUUCAUCAGGGUGUCUGGAUCUGAGCUGGUCCAGAAAUUUAUUGGAGAGGGCGCUCGUAUGGUGCGAGAGUUGUUCGUCAUGGCCAGAGAGCACGCUCCCUCCAUCAUCUUCAUGGAUGAGAUCGACUCAAUCGGCUCCUCCCGUCUGGAGGGAGGCUCAGGUGGAGACAGCGAGGUUCAGAGGACAAUGUUGGAGCUUCUCAAUCAGCUGGACGGCUUUGAGGCAACAAAGAACAUCAAGGUCAUCAUGGCCACCAACCGUAUCGACAUCCUGGACUCCGCUUUGCUCAGACCAGGAAGGAUCGACCGGAAGAUCGAGUUCCCCCCUCCCAAUGAAGAGGCCCGUCUGGACAUCCUGAAGAUCCACUCCAGGAAGAUGAACCUGACACGUGGCAUCAACCUGAGGAAGAUUGCUGAGCUCAUGCCGGGAGCAUCUGGUGCCGAGGUUAAGGGCGUCUGCACAGAGGCAGGGAUGUACGCUCUGAGAGAACGGAGAGUCCACGUCACUCAGGAGGACUUUGAGAUGGCUGUGGCAAAGGUGAUGCAGAAAGACAGCGAGAAGAACAUGUCCAUCAAGAAGCUGUGGAAGUAAAACGUCUAGUGAUCUAUAACUACAUCUGUAUAUUGUCCUUCCUUUGUUAAAGGUUUGUAAUUGUUACAUAAAUCCAUAAUUAAAUGCUUUCCUCCAUAAUUAAA